UUUCAUCAAGGCUGUGGGCUGUGGCACUCGCCUCCACCCGGACGUGGGGUGGACGGAGUUGAGCGCCCUCGCGCACCACCGAAGCCCCCUGCACAUCACCUGUUCGACGAAACGCCUCUGAGCUCUGACCCCAUGGCGGAGGCGUCGGGCGACGGGAGCAUGGAAGACAGGAUCAGCGCCCUCCCGGACGAGCUCCUCAUCCAUGUUCUCUCCCACCUGCGCUCACGCAAAGCUGUGCAGACAUGCGUGCUGGCACGGCGCUGGCGAUACCUCUGGCGGUCGGUGACCUGCAUCGACGUGUCUUUCGAGGAAUUUGAGGACAGGGCUGCUGCAAACGACUUGGAGCGUGAGGAGGUGUUCAAGAUGUUUGUGAACCAUUUGCUGAUUCUCCGUGAACGCGUAGACCUGAAGGAGUUCCAUCUGCAGUACAGCUUGGUGGUCGGGGUCGGCUGCCUCAGUGCUAAGUCUGAUGAAGCCAACCUAUGGAUCCGCCAUGCGUUACAGUACAAGGCUCAGACUGUCAAGAUAGGCAAUCACAGCGAACCUCUGCAGCUUCUUCCCUCGGUAUUCACUUCAACGUACUUGAAAAGACUGCACAUUACCAAUGCUCAACUGAUCCUAGGUUUCUUUGACCGUCUCCGAAAAGGCUGCCCAGCAUUGGAAUAUCUCUUCCUAUCAACCUGCGACAUUGAGGACCUUGACAUUUUCUCCGACACACUCAAGGUUUUGAUCCUCUCUGAUGCUAUCGGGUUCUCAUUCUCAUUUGAGCACGAUGCCCAAGUCUCUAUUUCUGCUCCAAGCCUCAUUUCUCUGUCCGUCAAAGAGUGUCCUUCCGGGGCCAGGCUACCUAUACUAAAGAACAUGUCAUCACUAGAGACUGCAUCAGUAUUGCUUUCAGAAGGAGAUAUCACAACUUGUGAUGCUGAUGGUAUCAGGCAGUUUCUCGGGGGCCUCUCUGGUGUUAGAAGUUUGGAUUUCUAUUAUGGGGAUAGACAGCUGGAGGUGAAAAAUAAUCACGGAUGGUGCCCAACAUUCAACAAUCUUACAAACCUGACUCUUGAUAGGUGGUGCAUGCAUGCGGACUUAUAUGCCAUGAUAGUCUUCCUUCAGAACUCACCUAAUCUGAAGAAGCUAACUCUUAAACUAAACGAGCCACGAUAUCACAACGAGGUUGUAUCUGCAGUCAUCGGCGAGCUGGAGGAUAGAUCGUUUACAUGUGAACAGCUUGAGAUUGUCGAAAUCAUAUGCUCGAAGGGAAAUGAGCUGCUGCUACUUGGGUUGAAUCAGUUUUUGCUAGAAGAGAGUGGCAUAAGGCCUGAUCAGAUGCGUGUCAGUCACCAGAACUAAGGCCGAUGCGAGUCAUCCGAUUGUUUCAAGUCCCACUACAGGUGAAAUUACAUGGAAUCACUCAUUGGCAUAUCACAUGGCAGGCAAACAUUGCUUCCCCUUGGAUCUAUAUUCGCUCGCUCUGGUUUAGUUGGAAUGAACAUAGCAUGUGUGUUUGCUGCCCUUGUCUUUGCACACAGUAGAAUCCCAUAGUGUUUGUUUUGAACUAUGUUCUGCGGCCGGUGAACCAAAAGAAACACACCGCUAUCUUCCCAUGCGAUGCCAUAAUUCGUGUGGGGGAAGAUUACACUGCAUUUGACAUACAUGCACAUGGCUCAAAAUCGCCUUUUCAUGGA